CAGCAGUUAGUGUGCGUGAACGCCGAGCAGUCGAGUGACAAACAGGAUUUGAUUGUGGCUGAGGACUGAGUUUACCGUUGUAACUGUUAUAUAAUUUCGCUUUCGUCGGGUGUCCCCUCUCUUCCGUUGAGUACCAGCCGUUCACGUCGGAAUGGCCGAACCGAGCGCCCGAUACCAGCAGCUGCCCAAUGAGGAGGACCCAGAAGAGAGUCCACAGGUAGCAGCUGACGCUCCACCUCCGUACAGCAGCAUCGCAGUGGACAAUGCUGCCUACUUUGACUACAAAGAAGACGGGGCUUUCCCCAAGCCUCCAUCAUACAACGUAGCGACCACGCUACCUUCCUAUGAUGAAGCAGAAAGAACCAAGGCCGAGACUACUGUUCCCCUGGUAACUGGAAGAGAUGAAGACUUUGUGACCAGAGACGACUUCGAGGAUGCUGAUCAGCUGAGGAUAGGAAAUGACGGCAUCUUUAUGCUCACUUUUUUCAUGGCAUUCCUGUUCAACUGGAUCGGUUUCUUCCUGUCCUUCUGUCUGACCACCUCAGCAGCCGGCCGCUAUGGGGCAAUCUCAGGUUUUGGCCUCUCCCUCAUCAAAUGGAUCCUCAUAGUCAGGUUCUCCACAUACUUCCCUGGUUACUUUGAUGGACAGUACUGGCUGUGGUGGGUGUUCCUGGUGCUGGGAUUCUUGCUCUUCCUUCGAGGAUUCAUCAACUAUGCCAGAAUCCGCAAGAUGGCCGACACCUUGUCCACCCUGCCCCGCACCCGGGUCCUCUUCAUCUAUUAAGCUCAAAAUCCAUCAGUUACCAUCAUCACUUUUUCCUCCUUUUUAAUGAGAUAUGCAGUCUGGCUUCAUCCAAUCAAAAAGGGAGGAAGAAACUUUUUUUUUUUCCUCUGCUCCACAUGAUUUGGACAAUAUGAUAAUUGUCCCCUCUUGGUCUAAACUAGUGAAUGCUGAAAAUCUGUAAAACCCUUCAGUUGUUAGUGGUGAACUGUCAUAUGCUAUUUGCAAUUAUGAAGUGUGUGAUGUAUAAAUUAAUGCCUUAUUUACUGUUUUACUAUCUGUUGGUAGCAGCAGCAGCAGCAGCAGCAGCAUACACUGUUCCCCUGUGUAGACACCAGGGGGCAGUCUUGUUUGUGUUAUUCCUUUCACCAGUCUUCGAUCUGAUGAAGUCAUUUGUAUAGAGGUGCUUCUCAGCCCAGGGGUCAGUGGGUAAUUUUGGGAUUGUGGGUUGAUUUAUGCAGUGUGAAAUAAUAUAUUUCAAGUACCAAUUUAAUGUGUUUUUAACCCUUCUGACCAAGCAUUAUGUCCCUUGUGAAAACGUAUAGAAAUCAUGUAAUACAAGACUGAAAAGGGAAAAUUACUAGCUUUUUUUUUGGGUUUGAGUUUCUGAGAAGGUUGAGGACCAUAUGAAUAGAAGAUCAGGGGCCUGGUUUCCCCUAAAGCAUUUCCCCCCCCCACAUGCAUUCAUGAAUUGUCUAUGCUUACACACACUGUAAUCAGUAAUACCUUUACUAAUAUAUAUGAUACAUGUAUGUCAGUAGAGAGCUAUAGCUGCAAUGUGAUUUCCAGGGCAGGCCAGAGCAGAGCUUCUUGGGCAGGUUGGGAAUCACUGCUUUGCUCAAGAGCACAAUGACAGAUGGAAUAAGCUGAAAGUCUCUCACUGGAUUCAGAUGUGCAAUUGGACGGUUGUGGUUAAAUUAAUGACUCUGAUGCCCUAUCUCAGUCAUUGGCAUCCCAUUGGUUUCCAAAGAGGAAGAAAUUGUAUUGUCAGAUGUGAUUUGGAAACCCUGCCCUGUAAAGAAUUAAUGAAGUAAUAUAUUAAUACAAAGCAGACCCCCCCCCCCCCCCCCCCCCCUUUUUUUUUACGUUACAAUGAAAUAUUAAAAGUGUCAUUCUUUUUAUGUUUAACCUCAUUCUAGUGGAAGUGGAAUGAUUGUUUUAAGUAUCUGGCUUGGAAACUGUUUGGAAUUAAAGUGGAAAAAGUACA